AUGCAACGCUUAAUUCCAGUCAUCAACAGUUUACAAGACGUUUUCACUGCCGCCGGUCUUCCAAACACGCUCCCGCUCCCACAAAUAGUAGUAGUUGGAUCUCAGUCAUCAGGGAAGUCCUCAGUAUUAGAGCAUAUCGUUGGUAAGGACUUUUUACCACGGGGGUCUGGGAUAGUGACUCGUCGACCACUUAUAGUCCAAUGUGUUCGUUCCGAUGUUCCGAAGGAGUAUGGCCUCUUUGAGCACACGGGUGACAAACGAUAUUUUGAUUUCUCUGAGAUCCGAGACGAGAUAGCUGCGGAGACUGCACGGACGUGUCCAGGGCGGAAUGUUUCAUCGACACCGAUUCGCUUACGAAUCCAUUCUCCGAAUGUCGUUGAUUUGACAUUAGUAGAUUUGCCGGGUUUAGUGAAAGUCUCUGUAGUUGGGCAAGCCAAAGAGUUAGUGAAGGAUUUACGAGAUAUGGUGUAUCAAUAUGCAGCCCCAGAGAAUGCGUUGAUCUUAGCUGUUACCUCUGGGAAUGUUGAUAUUGCGAAUUCCGAUGCUUUACAUGUAGCCAAAGAAGUUGAUCCUGAUGGUGAGCGGACAAUUGGAGUCUUAACUAAAUUAGAUUUAGAGGACAAAGGAACCAACUCGAUGGAUGUCUUAAUGGGCCGAGUUUAUCCAUUGAAACUGGGGUAUAUAGGUGUAGUGAAUCGUUCACAACAAGACAUUAAUAAUGGGAUGGACGUCCAAACAUCAUUAAAGAAUGAAAGAAAGUACUUUGAAGACCAUCCCGUGUAUUGUUCUAUAGCAGAUCGAAUGGGCACGGAAUACUUAGUGAAUAAACUGAACACAUUACUGUUGCAACAUAUCCAAAAAUGCCUCCCAACGCUAAGAAGUCAAAUCAAUGAGUCUUUUGAGAAGGCAAGAAAAAGAUACGACGAGAUCAAACCCGACGACGACAAUCUCUUGUCCGUCUCCUUACAGCAAAUCAUGAAAUUCUCAACUUCAUUCUCAAACGCGUUGAGCGGGAAUAACACUGAUAUCCACGCACACGAGUUGGCAGGUGGUGCAAAGAUCUUCUCCGUUUUUGAAACACAAUUCAGACCAAAUAUCGACUCACAAGACAUCUUGGCUAAUAUUAAAGACGUCGACAUUUUGACGGCUAUUAAAAACGCAAGUGGGACUCGACCAUGUCUCUAUGUCCCACAGACCGCUUUUGAGAACUUAAUUGCUAAACAAGUCAAGAACUUCGAGGGGAGCUGCCACCAGUGUGUCGACUCGGUCUAUUCCGAAAUGAAAAACAUCGUCGCUAAAACAGCAAAAGAAAAUAUUGAGAAGUACGACAGAUUCAGAGAAGCACUUGUCCAAGCUUCAACUGAAGUCAUGAACACUUUUAUGACCCAGGCACAUAAGAUGAUCCAAGACAUCAUCGACAUAGAAGCGGACUAUGUCAACACGAGUCAUCCGGAUUUUGAUACUACAAAGGUGCUCAAAGAAGCCGACGAAGCGAUGAAAACGCCUGAAAAUAUGACUGCGAAAAGACAAGAUGUUGUUGUUGAUGUCACUACACAGAAGAGAGCACAAAACAUGCAACCACAAACAACUCAACCGAAAAAACAAAGCCACUUCACUAAAGAAUUGAACACACAGAAAAAGGAACAACAAACGAGUCAAGUCCAACCAGCACAACAAAAUGCGAUGACGUCAUCGAUUCGGGUGGAUCACACAAAUCAGAGAGAAAUGAGAGAAAUUGAGUUGAUCAGAAACUUGUCGAGAGACUAUUUGUUGAUUGUGAGAAAGAGUAUUAAGGACUUGGUCCCAAAGGCUGUCAUCCAUUUCUUGGUGUUCAAGACUAGAGACUCGAUCCAAAAAGAACUCAUCAAGAAGAUGUACAACGAAACUCUCCUUCAAGACUUAUUGGCUGAAAACCCGGCUCUUGUGAGUGAGAGAAAAGUUGUUAAACAGAAUUUGGACGCUUUGAAACAGGCGCUUGACAUCAUCAACAACGUUAGAGAUAAGUGCUUCUAA